AAUAAACUCCAUAGUCCUUCCCCAACUGGAUAUCGAAACGUAUCCUCCUCAUCCCCUUUUUUUCCUCCCUUUCUCUCUCCACUUUUCUAUCCAUUUCUCUUUUCUUUUCUUUUUUUCCUGGUAUCCUAAAUGUCAGACUCAAAUUAUAUAAACAUCCCUCCACUGUAGUCUGUAGAACUACUACAUUGCAAAUUUGCAAUUGCAUCCAUUUUCUCACUUAAACUAAUUUCUUCAACUCGCCGUCUAUCUCUCCUCCACCCCCCCCCCCCCUAAUUGACUCAGUUAUAUAUACUCAAAGUCUACAAUAAUACUGUCAUAUUCUUGAAUUUUCCCCAAUUAAUUAAUUAAUUUGAUUCCUCCACUUCUUUCUAUUUAAACCCUUUGAAUUGAAGCAGAAAAUCGGCAUCAAGAAAACAGAGAAGAGUGAGAGUGAGAAAUUCUGAAAGAAAAAGAAAACAGGGGAGAAAAUAUUAGAUAAGUGAUAAUAAAUCAACUGAAAUUUCAAUUUUAAUUUUCUUUAAAGAAAUGAUAGCAUUCAUAGAGCACGGUUUCCACCAUGAAAACGACGCCGAGUCUAGGCAGAACGACGCCGUUGAGACCAGCGACCAGGGGGACCCUGCUCUGUGGAAGGAAGCUCUGAAAGAGAUACAGGGUACAGUUGAUUACGACUCUAUUUUUACUGGUUUAGCCGGUAAAGAUUUCGGCGGUAUAAACCGGACUAAACCAGUAGCUGUAAUCAGACCUGCGGGUUCAUCCGACGUGGCAGCGGUUAUAAGGGCUGUUCAGACGACGCCGAAUCUGACGGUUGCGGCGAGGGGUAACGGACACUCAAUCAACGGCCAAGCGAUGUCCGACAAAGGUUUAGUCAUCGACAUGCGUGCCAUGGGGGACCACCCUUCAUUAAACGUCGUCGUUGCAUCGUCGGCGGAGGAGGACUGGAGUAAUUCCCUCUCCUACGCUGACGUCAGUGGGGGAGCAUUGUGGGAAGAGGUGCUAAAACGGUGCGUGUUGGGGUAUGGGUUAGCGCCCAGGAGUUGGACGGACUACCUUGCUUUGACGGUGGGUGGGACCCUCUCUAACGCCGGAGUUAGUGGGCAGGCUUUCCGUUAUGGCCCUCAAACGUCCAACGUAACAGAAUUGGAGGUCGUUACGGGCAACGGUGAAACCGUAAUUUGCUCCGAGUUUGUUUACCCGGACCUCUUCUUCGCCGUCCUUGGUGGUCUCGGGCAAUUCGGGGUAAUUACCCGUGCAAGAAUUCCGCUACAGAAAGCGCCGGACAUGGUGAGAUGGAUAAGGUUAGUUUACGCCGAGUUCGACGAUUUCACCCGGGAUUCGGAGUUCCUCGUGAGUCAAUCCAAGGAAAACUCGUUCGAUUAUUUGGAAGGAUUCGUGUUUGUCAACAGUGAUGACCCGAUUAAUGGUUGGCCUUCAGUUACUUUGGAUCCGGAUCAGUGGUUCGACUCGGAUUAUAUCCCCCCGGGUUCCGGCUCCGUUUUAUACUGCCUUGAAGUCGCCCUUCAUUUCCAACACCACCACCAUCCGACUCAUGUUGAUUCGGAGGUGGAGAGAUUAAUCCAACGGCUGAGAUUUGUGAAGGGACUACGAUUUGAGGUAGACUUGAGCUACAUGGAAUUCCUUCUCCGGGUGAAGAAAGCAGAGCAGCAAGCUACGGCGAGUGGGAUUUGGGAGGCCCCACAUCCUUGGCUUAACCUCUUCGUAUCAAAGCGUGAUAUCGUUGAUUUUAAUCGGACGGUCUUUAAUAAGAGCCUAAAGGGUGGGAUUGGUGGGCCCAUGUUAGUCUACCCUCUUCUGCGUAGCAGGUGGGACAGCCGUACAUCGGUAGUAAUACCAGAAGGGGAAAUAUUUUACUUGGUGGCGUUGCUCCGGUUCACGCCACCGUAUCCUAGUGGACCACCGGUGGUGGAAUUGGUGAAAGAGAACAUGAAGAUAAUUGAGCAUUGUACAAAGAAAGGUUAUGAUUUCAAGUUGUAUCUUCCACAUUACGAAACACAGGAGAAGUGGAAGCAACACUUUGGGAGCCAAUGGCCACGAUUUGCUGAAAGAAAGGCCAAGUUUGAUCCAAUGGCUAUCCUUGCUCCUGGCCAGAAAAUCUUCUCUAGGACUCAUAAAACUAGGCAGCUAUUGUAAUACUUACUUAGUGAUUUUUAGUGUAUGCUUCCAAAUCAAUUCUUAAUUUUUACUAUACAGUUUUUAUUUUCCUAUAACCUUUUUUUUUUCCUCAUCCAGCUUUAGUUGCCCUGUUGAUCUUCGUUAAAGGGUCAAUAUUGUUAUUAGUUCUUUCUUAAUAUUAUGAAGCAAUGUAAAUGAAUUUUCCCUUCAUAGAAAGUUUUCUAGUUUUACA